AUGGCGGCCGCACUGGCGGCUCCUGGCGGGGGCAGCCCUGGCUCCGCGACGGCGGGCGCGGCUCGCGGACCGGCGCUGCGGGAGGGCGCCCGGGUGUCCGCGCUCUGCCUGGCCUGGUACGGGCUGAGCGCGGGCGGGAACGUGGUGAACAAGCUGCUGCUGGGUGGCUUCCCGCGGCCGGUCACCGUCUCGCUCUUCCACAUCCUGGGGCUCUGCGGCCUCCUGCCGCCGCUGCUGCGCGCCUGGCGCGUCCCUCCGGCCGGGCCCGCGCAGCUACCGCCCCGCGCCUACCCCCGCUAUAUCCUGCCGCUCGCCUUCGGCAAGUACUUCGCCUCCGUGUCGGCGCACGUCUCGCUCUGGCGGGUGCCGGUGUCCUACGCGCACACAGUAAAGGCAACAAUGCCAAUAUGGGUGGUUCUGCUGUCAAGAAUUAUAAUGAAAGAAAAACAAACUACAAAGGUGUAUUUAUCACUGAUCCCUAUAAUCAGUGGUGUUCUGCUGGCUACAGUCACUGAACUCUCUUUUGAUAUGUGGGGACUCAUCAGUGCUCUUGCUGCUACACUCUGUUUCUCGCUUCAGAACAUCUUUUCUAAAAAGGUGUUGAGAGAUUCCAGAAUACAUCAUCUUCGGCUGCUAAACAUACUCGGGUGUCAUGCUGUCUUCUUCAUGAUCCCAACAUGGGUUUUGGUGGAUCUUUCGUAUUUUCUUGUAGAAAAUGACUUGAGUACAGUAUCCCACUGGUCCUGGACUUUAAUGCUGCUCAUAAUCAGUGGAUUUUGUAACUUUGCCCAGAAUGUCAUUGCCUUCAGUAUUCUUAACUUAAUCAGCCCAUUAAGUUACUCUGUUGCAAAUGCCACAAAAAGGAUCAUGGUCAUUACAGUUUCCCUUAUAAUGCUUCGAAAUCCAGUCACCAGCACCAAUGUUCUUGGGAUGCUGACUGCAAUCUUGGGAGUAUUCUUGUAUAACAAGACAAAAUAUGAUGCGAAUCAGGAAGCAAAGAAGCAGCUACUUCCAGUUACAACUGGAGACCUUUUGAAUCUGGAACAUCACCGGAACACUCCUGAAAAGUCUCAGAAUGGACUCAUGGCAUUCGCACAACAUGGAGAUUAUCAGUAUGGCCGAGCCAGUGUCUUAACAGAUCACUUCCAGUAUAACAGGCAAAGCUAUCCAACCACAUACAACUUAAAUCGAUAUGAUAUAUAGGAUUCUGAUAAGCAGGUAUAGACUGUAACACAAAGUUUUCCCCAGCAUUAUCAGGAACUUCUGGCAUGCCCUUGAAUGUAAAGCUGUAGAUUGUAUAGGUUCUUCAGAGAGGAAGAUGCAUGUGUAUCAAAAAUGGUACAGACUUUCAUCAUCAGCCAAGCAGGUCUCUAAACGUGAAGCAAUUAGAUAGACACUGGAAAGGAGUGUACAGUAUAAUUCUUGUACAGAGAUUCUGGUGAAAUGCAGGUGUAAAACUCCGGCGUAAAUAUUUGCUGUCACAUUUGUUUCAGAACCUGUCAACUGACUGCCAUUUUGGCAGUAAAAAUGUGGCCAGUAUUUCCUUUCCAUGCUAACAACUUAAUCUUUAACUUGUGUUUUAAUUUUUAUUUUAAUGCUACAUGACUCAUUGCUUUCACUUUCUUCAACAGUUUCAUAAAUUGCAUUUGGAAACUCUGUAUUUUCCUAAUUGGUGUUAGAAGGGUUGUCAGUUGGAGGAUUUGUGUGUCUAAAAGCAGAUGUGUAGAUUUGAAUUUCAGUUGCACAGGUUUAAAACUUCAUGUUGAUAUCAAGUACCUGUGUGUCUAUAGCUUCAGUUUACAAUGAUGAUCAAACAGGGUUUCUGAACUAGUACUGAGUUCUUGUUCCAUUCAAUAAUCUUGAAGUAAAACUUUGUUUAGGCAUAGAGAACUGACUUGUCUCUUAAAAUAAUGUGACUAUUAGUUACCAAUAGCAACUGUGAUGGAGAGUUUUCACAUUCUUUGACUGAAAAACAGUUACACAACUUCAUCAGUAGUUACUCUUUAUCUGACAAUAGAACACACCUUGCCAAAUAAAAAUUAGUAUUUGGAACAAGGCUGUUUUCCUGUGACCUCUCUGCACUUGUUUUUGGAAAGCUAGCUUGCUGUCAUGCUGAAUUGGGAGACAAGGAUUGCUUUUUCUCUGUUUUUUAAUUGGGAGAAUCCUCCAUUAUAUGACUUCUGUUUCAUGAAUGUGGAUUUGGAUGUAUCACAUCCCUUCUAAUUGUCUACAAAAUUAUUUCUUGGCCCCCAAUUAUAUUUUGUGUUUCUCUUCCACAAUAGUUCUAGUAGCACUAACUAUGUUCUGCCUGACUUGUACAUUCAGACGAGUUAUAGAAGUUAACACUUAUACCCUUCUAUCUUCCUGUAGUGCUCCUGGCUUGAAUAAUGAUUAUGAGAAAUUGUUCUUGAGUCAAGAGUGAAUAUGUAAAAUUGUGAAAGAUGUGUGUUGAAUGUUCUGCUUUGCACUUUUUGCAUAAAUGAAGGUGCUUUGACAAAACAUGAAGUUUUGUUAAUGAGUUAUGUCAGAUACUGUGUAAGAGAUAAAAGUGAAGUCAUCUGAGCUUUGGAGUAUAGAAAACUAUUUUUGGCAUAGAUGAUCUUCAGGCCUUGUCUCUUGGAGGAGGAGCCCAUCAUAUAGUGGGCUGAGAUUCUGGCAGGAGAACUGCUUGGCGCAUUCUUGUGUUUGUCCAAUGAUCAAUCAGCCAGUGACUGACUCUAGUAGUGGUGGGUGUUAUACAAAAUACUCCCUCACCAUGUAUUCUUUUCAUGAAAGAUGAUUGCCUUUUAGAAGCAAGAUAAUUUUGUGACUCUCUUCCUGAUUAUUUAUAUACAUUUUUUUUUCUGUGAGUGCAAAGCUAAAUCUAUUCCCAGUCUGCUAGAUGCUUGUAGAAAUUUCCAGUGUUAAUAGCUUCAUUGGUGUGUCUCAAAGGAGAUAAUGGUGCACCUGAAUCUGUGGAGGCUGAGCCAAAUUCAGUCAUGAUCUAUGAGCAGAACUCCAGUGAUGUCAGUGGAGGUGAGUGUGUUCAUGCUAGUAGGAAAUUUGGACUUGGAUGUUUUAGUCUGGAAAACUCCUGGUUCAGAAAUCAUUCUGGAAAUCCUUCCCACACAAUUGUUAAACUAGAACUGCUUUCAGAGACUCUGGGCUUCAUUUCUUUACAACUGUUGUUUCAUAUUAAUGUGCAAAAGGGAAAAAUACAGCCAGUGGAAAGACUGAUAUAUUUCUAAGGCACCCUUUUUAAUAUCUGAGUACCACUGCAUAAAUGUGGAAGGAUGGAUGAUCUUGUGGUUUAAUACUCUGGACUGGGACUGCGGUUCAGUUCCUGGUUCUGCCAUAGACUUCCUAUGUGAACUUGGACAAAUCACUUAGCCUGAAAUUUUCAGAGGAGAUUAAGGGAGUUGGAUACCCAAUUCAAUGACUUUCAAUGAGAGCUGAGUGCCUAAUUCCCAUAAACCUGUCUGAAAAUCUCAACCUUGAUCUUGGUGCCUCAGUUCCCUAUCUGUAAAAUGGAGAUAAUUCUUCCAUACCUCAUAGGGGUGCUGUUCUGGGUUACUGCAGUGAUGAGGGCCAUAAAAAGGCCAGAAAAGCACAGAUCAGAGGGAUUUCUGUGUGUGCCUACCACCAUAUCUUGGUACCAUUUGAAUCAUCCCUUCAAGGAAAAGGAACACAGCUCCCUUCUUUUUUCCUAAGUAGAUGUUUGCUUAAUCAUAUUUAGGUGGCUUAUUUCCUAGAGCAAUGGGUCUCAAACUUUUUUUACUGGUGACCCCUUUCACACAGCAAGCCUCUGAGUGUGACGCCCCCCCCCCCCCCCCCAU